UGAAAUACGCCAGUGAACAUCCGUGAAGAGCGCCGUUGAAUGCGAGUUCAUGAUGGCGCAAAACUCAAGUGAAUAUGAGGCAGACAGAAAAUAUUCUGACUCUGAGAAGGACAGGACAGGAUCAGCUUUAGAUGUGGCUCAGACUUCAUCAUCAUCAUUGAAGAGACAGAGGGAUGGCCCUGAUGAGGAGGGGGAUGAAGAUGACUCUCCCAGAAAGAAGCUGGUCACGGAGGAAAUACACAGUCAAAAAGUGGCCACACAUUACAACAAACUGCAGGAGUGUGGCCUGGCAGAACGCAAUAAAAGCAGGAUAGUUCACAUGCGCAACUUCAACAACUGGUUGAAGAGCGUGCUCAUCGGGGAGAUCCUGGACAAGGUGAGACAGAGGAGGAGAGAGGUGUCCGUGUUAGAUCUGGGCUGUGGGAAAGGAGGAGAUCUUCUCAAGUGGAAGAAAGGACGUAUUGACAAACUGGUGUGUGCAGAUAUCGCUGGUGUUUCCAUUGAGCAGUGUCAGCAGCGCUACAAUGACGUAAGACGGAGGGGUCAUCCGAACGAGCGCACGUUCUCUGCCGAGUUUAUCACUGCAGACUGCAGCAGGGAGUUGCUGUGUGAGAAGUUGCAAGACCCUGAUCUGCGGUUUGACGUGUGCAGCUGUCAGUUUGUGUAUCAUUAUUCGUUUGAGAGCGAGCAGCAAGCAGACACCAUGCUGAGAAAUGCCUGUGAGAGACUCCGACCUGGAGGAUUCUUCAUCGGAACAACUCCAGACGCAUUUGAGCUGGUGAAACGUUUGGAGGUGUCAGACUCGAACAGCUUUGGGAAUGAAGUGUACCGUGUAUCCUUCAAGAAGAAAGGAGAAUAUCCUCUGUUCGGCUGUCAGUACGACUUCAAUCUGGAGGGAGUCGUCAAUGUCCCAGAGUUUCUGGUGUAUUUCCCCCUGUUUGAGGAAAUGGCCAAAAAGUACAACAUGCGUCUGGUGUAUAAGAAAACCUUCCUUGAGUUCUUUGAAGAGAAAGUUAAAGAUGAGAAGCAUAAGAUGCUCAUGCAGUGGAUGCAGGCGUUGGAGCAAUACCCUCCAGAUGAGAGGGGCAGACUGGCAUCCGAUAGUACAGGGGAGUACGACCAUGCCAAGAGAAUAGCCGAGAAUCCUGCUGUUAGACUUCCACUGGGUACCUUGAGCAAGUCUGAGUGGGAGGCUACAAGCAUAUACCUGGUGUUUGUGUUUGAGAAAAUGUCAUGAGUCGGACGAAUUCUCCGUUGUGUCCGCAUGAAUGAUUGCUGCAGAUGUGGAGAGAGGGCCCCGUCUCAUUUCCAUUCAUUCGGUUUCUUCAACCCUGCUGAGCCUGUCCUUUUCACAAAGCUUCAAAUAUUUUAUACAGCCAGAGCAUUUUUCGUGUGUGUGGUGUGUGUGUGUGGUGUGUGGUGUGGUGUGUGUGUGGUGUGGUGUGUGGUGUGGUGUGGUGGGGGGUGGAGGGAAUAAAGAAUGAGUUUGCAGCUGAAUGAGGAAAAUGUGUGUUUGGAGCAUGUUUGAAAGGAUGUGUGCACACUGCACAUAAUCGAUAUUCUCAUUUAUACUGUAUUUCUGUGGUUACCUGUUAUACACUGCUUACCUGGAACCCUUUCUCAAAGAAUCUAACAGCCCAGGAUGGCUUACAGUCCCUUUGGGGUUUACUUUGAUUUGUAUUCCAAACUUGCCUUCAAGCUGGACUGAACUUUGUUUGGGAUUUCUCUUGUUCUGAAAAUCACUGACCUAAAGCAAAAAAAAGUCAGUUAGUAAAAAAUACAGUGUCUUCACAACUGUGAAGGUUUAGAUGUGUGACUGGGGCCAACCACAGUUCACCACGACAUUUCAGGAAUUAAAGAAAUAUGGCUUUAAUUCCUGAAAAACAAAAAUGUUUUUGUUUUUUUUAAUUGUCAUUAAGUAAAUCAUAGUGUAUUUUUCUCCAAAUGAUGUCGCUGAGGGUUACGACAGAUGACAAGUUUUACUCUGUCGUUGUGUAGAGAACUGUUGUUUGUGAAUGUAAACCUAUUGUAGGAGUAAUAAAACCCUUAAAUUACAUUAACUGUCCAUUUUAUGUGUUU